UUGUGAUCUGAAGCCUAGUAACGUCUUGUUGGAUGACAAUAUGGUUGCCCGCCUUAGCAACUUUGGUAUUUCAAAACUGCUCGGUGAAGAUGAGACUGAUUUGUUCACUAAAACCUUAGCAACAUUGGGCUAUAUUGUACCAGAGUAUGGACUGGCUGGAUUGGUGUCAACAAAAUCUGAUGUCUAUAGUUACGGAAUCAUGUUGUUGGAAAAUUUUACAAGAAGGAAGCCUAAUGAUGAAAUGUUCGAUGGUGAUCUUAACCUGAAGCAAUGGGUGAGUUAUUCAAUCCCAGAGGCAGUAAUGGAUGUUGUAGAUGCCAACUUGUUAACACCAAUGGAUAAUCACUUAAACAAGAAGCUAGAUUGUGUGGCAUCGAUCAUGAAAGUGGCACUAGAUUGCAGUGCUGAAUCUGCUGCAAGAAGGAUCGACAUGAAAAAUAUUGUAGGGAUGCUAAAGAAGAUCAAGAUUCAACUUCUUCGUGUUGAGCAUGUUCUUGGAUACUCUUGUUCCAAAUCACCGUUUGUCGCAAAUGUUUUGCUAAAAUUUUGGAUUCAUGUAAAGAUUGCCUUUUUAUUUUAGCACUUGGGGUUGUACAAGUUCUGUUUUAGGUUUAGAAAUGCGAAUUGCAAUAAAUCUUCAUAUUUCCUCUUAAAAUUAAUGUUGCAAAGUA